GGACCUCUGGACACUUCCCUCCCGCAGCCCUCCGCACCUGCGCCCCGCCCCGGGUCCGCCCCCAAUCUCUCUGGGGGCGGGGGCGAGGCGACCCAAACGGAGGAGUCGCGAAGGGAGGGGCGGCGGCCGCUCCGAGCUGGCUCCGCAGGCCGGGCUGGACGAGUGUCUGGCCCUUUAAGGGCCGCCCCCGAGGAGGUGCCAGGCCCUGGUGGCUCCGGUCUCUCCUUCCUGGUCCUGCGGGGCAGGGACUGUCGGUAGAGCUGUGGGAGGGCAAAGUGCCCGGACCGGCCCAGGUGUCCCCCGGCCAGGCCCCAUGGCCCUGGUCACCGUGAGUCGCUCACCCCCGGCCAGCGGCCACUCCACGCCUGUGGGGCCCACGCAGGACCAGGCAUCCAGGCGGAGAAGCCGGCUCCAGAGAAGGCAGAGCUUUGCCGUGCUCCGUGGGGCUGUCCUGAGACUGCAGGAUGGAGAGGAUGAGGGAGAAGCAGCCGAGGGUGGUCCCGAGGCGGUGGAGAGACCCCCGGGCGAAGAACAUCCCCACGGGGACCAGACAGACGAUGGGCACAGGCCCCAGAGCCCCAGGAAGCAGGAGCAGAGCCAGCACCUACAUCUCAUGGUGGAGCUGCUGAGACCGCAGGAUGACAUCCGCCUGGCAGCCCAGCUGGAGGCAGCCCGGCCCCCCCGGCUCCGCUACCUGCUGGUAGUUUCCACAAGAGAACACCUGCGCCAGGAUGAGACCAUCCUCCUGGGGGUGGACUUCCCGGAUAGCAGUUCCCCCAGCUGCACCCUGGGCCUGGUCUUGCCUCUCUGGAGUGACACCCAGGUGUACCUAGAUGGAGACGGGGGCUUCAGUGUGACGUCCGGUGGGCAAAGUCGAAUCUUCAAGCCGAUCUCCAUCCAGACUAUGUGGGCCACGCUCCAGGUGCUGCACCAGGCAUGUGAGGCGGCUCUCGGCAGCGGCCUCGUGCCAGGGGGCAGCGCCCUGACCUGGGCUGGACACUACCAGGAGAGACUGAGCUCUGACCAAAGCUGCCUCAACGAGUGGAUGGCUAUGGCUGACCUGGAGUCCCUUCGGCCUCCCAGCGCCGAGCCCGGCCGGCCCUCAGAGCAGGAGCAGAUGGAGCAGGCGAUCCGGGCUGAGCUGUGGGAGGUGCUGGACACCAGUGACCUGGAGAGCGUCACUUCCAAAGAGAUCCGCCAGGCCCUGGAGCUGCGCCUGGGCCAGCCGCUGCAGCAGUACCGCGACUUCAUCGACAACCAGAUGCUGCUGCUCAUGGCCCAGCAAGACCGCGCCUCCCGCAUCUUCCCGCACCUCUACCUGGGCUCUGAGUGGAAUGCCGCAAACCUGGAGGAGCUGCAGAGGAACAGGGUCAGCCACAUCUUGAACAUGGCCCGCGAGAUCGACAACUUCUACCCUGAGCGCUUCGUCUACCACAAUGUGCGCCUCUGGGACGAGGAGUCCGCCCAGCUGCUGCCCCACUGGAAGGAGACCCACCGCUUCGUGGAGGCCGCCAGGGCACAGGGCACCCGGGUGCUCGUCCACUGCAAGAUGGGGGUCAGCCGCUCAGCCGCCACGGUGGUCGCCUACGCCAUGAAGCAGUACGGCUGGAGCCUGGAGCAGGCCCUGCGCCACGUGCAGGAGCUCCGGCCCAUCGCUCGCCCGAACCCCGGCUUUCUGCGUCAGCUGCAGACCUACCAGGGCAUCCUGACUGCCAGCCGGCAGAGCCAGCUCUGGGAGCAGAAAGCAGGUGGGGCCUCCCCAGAGGAGCCCCUCGCCCCCGAUGUCUCGACACCACUCCCGCCUCUUCCGCCGGAGCCGGGCGGCGGUGGGGAGGUGAAGGCCAUGGGUCCGGAGGAGAGCCAGGCAGCCCCGAAAGAAGAGCCUGGGCCACGGCCCCGUAUCAACCUCCGAGGGGUCAUGAGGUCCAUCAGCCUCCUAGAGCCUUCCUUGGAGCUGGAAAGCGCCUCAGGGGCCACUGACCUGCCUGAGGUGUUUUCUUCAAAUGAGUCUUCAGAGGAAGACCCUCCAGAGCCCUGCCCUCAGCUCCCAAAGGCCAAGGGGGGCAGGCGGGGUCCCGAGGGGCCUCCGCCGGCCCUGAAGUCCCGCCAGUCUGUGGUCGCCCUCAACAGCGCCGCCCUGGUGGCCACCCGGACCCAGGCCUUCCAGGAGCAGGGGGAGGCUGCCAGUGCCUCGGCACCCAGGCUCCGCGGGAAGGUGGUGAGGCAGGCCAGCGUGGAUGGCAGUGGGGAGGAGGGCGAGGCCUGAGCCCUCACGCACUCCCGUGGCCCCCAGACACACAUCAAGGGGCCCACACACAGCUCCUGGGAUGAGCAUCCUUCACUCCUGCCGACCUGCCCACAUUCCUUUCAGCCCCGCCCAGGUGGCGCCAAGACCCCAUCGUCACUACAGCCUCGGAGGCUACGGCCUUAAGUCUCAGACAUAUCCUCCAAGGGCUCAAGACCUUCUUUGUCUAUAAUGGCGAUGUGACAGAGACCGAAGAUAUCUUUGGGGGCAAGAACACCUUGCUUCAUUCUCAGUCGCUGCCUGAAACAUUCACUUGCAGCCACAAUAUGAAAACUGAGCUCCCCAGUGCAGAAAAGUCCCUGCUUCCUCCCUCACCCACUCCCAUCUGCCUCACCCCUGCCCCUUUUAUUCCUGGGGGCCGCUAGGCCAGAGAACCGGUGGCCCUUAAAGGCAGAGAGUCACCUCAGGCCCCGAGGCUCUGAGGAGCGGGGAGCCGGCCCGCAGGUGGGGCUGGCGGGCUGGCCUCCCCCGAACAGGCCACAACCGGCCGGGUCUUUUGCUGCUGCCCCCACCCAACUCCCCCACAGCACUGCGCUGGGUCACAGGACACCAGGCCAAAGAGAGUCUUCUUUUUGUCCUUUAUGGCCUCCGGCCAGUUUUUCACAGUCUUAAUGGUAUCUGACUUUGUACUUAGAAAUAAUAAACAUUUUCAUACUAUUUUCACUUUUAUGAUAAA